AAGAUUAAAGGUGUUUAUGUAAUUUUUUUUCAAAUAACGCAAUCAUGAAGUAUAUAUAAAGUUAGAAAUUUUUCGCCAUAAGUGGAAAUAACUUAAAAUGGAUGCGAUAGAAAAUUCCUACUGCAGAUUGUGUGCAAAUUUAAAAUCGAACACUAAACUUGUGAAUUUACAAUUCGACGAGGAUAGAAGAUGUAAAAUUCUCGAUAAGCUGACGCGCUUCAACCUCAACAUCGAGCUUACCGAACAGUCGCUACCUUCCACCGUCUGUCAUACGUGUAUCACAUCGCUAGAUAAAGCGUUCGAUUUUGUCGUCGAAGUUGAAAAGGCGCAGGACAUUUUGCAAGAUGCUGUACUCUCCGGCAUCAAGAGAGAAGCGGGGCCCUCGGACGACGAUAGCUUUCGAUACUCGCCGGGUCCCGACGACUACGUCGACGUUAAGGUCAAAGAGGAGGACGGUGCAGGCGCGCCCAACACCAGCAAAAAGAGACAAGCUAAAUGUGCGAAACGUCAGAGGAAAAAACUCAAAUUGAGGUCCGACCUAGAUGCAAUACCCCUGUCACAAUUGAAACUCACUUGGCAGGAUUACACCUGGCAGUGCUCCUACUGUGACACUCAGUUCCCCACCAUAGAGGAGUUGCAGAGCCAUUCCAUUCAGUAUCAUGAAUGUUGCAAUGCCUACCGGUGUACGGACUGCAACAUCCGGAAACUCAAGCUCGACAGCUUCCUCUCUCAUGUCAAAAGACACAGAAAAUAUCUUAAAUUGUCUUGCUACAAAUGUUUCCAGCGAUUUCCUAAGGCUCUGAGUUCUAGAUUACACAGGACAACUCACAGAACCACCGGCCACAUAUGUUCGGGCUGCAACAGUUGCUUCGAAACAUCAGCUCAACUGAUUCAGCACAGUGACACUUACAACAGGGACAAAAAAACUAGGCAAAUACCUAAGAUUCAAGAUUUAGAUGACCUCAAGUGUGUUUUGUGUCAAAAGACCUUUAAAUACAGGGGCAGUUUAAACACUCACCUGCUCACGCACACGGACAGGAAGAGAGACCAUACGUGUGAAAAGUGUGGAAAGUGUUUCUUCAAUAAACAGAACUUAGCCGGCCACAUGCUCCUCCACGAUGAUGUUCGUCCAUUCCAGUGUGAAAUUUGUAAAUUCAGAUUCCGUACAUCCGGGCAGCUACGGUCUCAUGUGGGAGUUCACGACGGAGUCAAACCAUUUGCCUGCGACCAGUGCGGCCGAUGCUUUCGCCUGUCCAAGCAGCUGGCCUCCCACAAAAUUAUCCAUACCGACAUACUUCCCUAUGUUUGUACCUACUGCAACAAAAGUUUUCGAUUUAAAACUAUUCUCAAUCAGCAUCUGCGCCAGCACACCGGUGUGAAACCUUACUCCUGUCAAUUUUGUUUGAGAGACUUUACGAACUGGCCCAAUUAUAAUAAACACAUGAAGAGGAGGCACAGUUUGGACAUGGCCAAGAAGAAACAUACACCUGAUGGUGUUUUCCCAAUCAAUCCGGCGACCGGAGAAGUUAUCAUUAAUCUGGAAACAGACAAGACUAUCGAGUGGAAGAAAAAAGUUCUAAGCGGGAGUAGGAAGCCCGGUCGACCCAAGGUCACAAAUGUUAAUGCAGAUGAACCUUUCGGGGCUCUAGGUAUAGCUGAAGAUAGUGGAAGUCAUGUAGGAGCAAAGUAAGGCCAUAAUUUUAUGAAGUUUUUAAAAUAAUGGCAGUUAUUUAUAAUUUAAUAAGUUUCUGAUCCUGAUGUAUUUUUAAGUUUUAAUGUUUGCAAAAACUUGUAUAACAAACAUGUGAACAUGCUUCAGGAAUAGGUGAAAAACUAUAUUGUGUAGUGAAUAUUAUGUUUAGGAAUUAGGAUCAUAAGAUAUAUGGUUUAACCGCAAAAUAAUUAUUAUUUAAUUUAACACAGUAUUAACCCAUUACUUUUAA